GAUCGGCAAGCUCAAUAGGGAGGUUUUUGGUGACCAAGCCGUAUUAAGUGUAAACUCGCUAUUAUUCUUAGGCCUAUAAAGUGCCGUGAGCAGCUGUAGAAACAGAAACUUGCCUCGCGCGCUGCUUGGCACGGAUCACCAUGACGUAGUCUUUUCGCGGCAGAGCCGCUCAAGUGUGUUAGCGUUAGAAAUUCUGCGCUAGCUUUAGAAUGUCGGUAGCGGGUCCCCGCUCGGGGAGCAAGCUCGCUGGAGCCGCUUCUAAGAGCUACAAUGUGGCAGCGAUUUGGGAGAAGACAGCGGCUUUGAGCGAAGGCCAGCUUCGGGCCAUCGAGUCGCUGGGUCAAUGCUGCUCGCAGCGGCCCCUGCCCUCACACGUGGUGGACGACGUACGCUCCGCCUCCUCCGCGCAAGGCGGCGCCGAGCCCGGCAGUGGCGGCGCAGCCGCCACCUCCACCAGCAGCAGCGGCGGCGCAGCCGCCGCCGCCUCGGCCGCCUCCGCCGCGGCCACGGCCGCGGCCGUCUCCAAGGACAGCUAUGUGGGGACGCUGGAGGACGCCGUGCUCCACAACACCAGCCAGUUCCACAAGUGGCACAGCGAGCUGGAGGCGGCGUGUGCGAGCGAGACGGAGGAGAAGUACAAGCGCUACGCCGACCUGCUCAACUGCCACGUGCAGAGCUGCGAGACCAUCCUGCACAGGGUGGACCUGACGCUGGAGGCCUUUGACGCGUUGCUGGCCCAGCACCGCGACGUGGUGGGCCGCAGCCGCUCGCUGCACAGCAGCUGCGAGCAGCUGGUGCGCGAGAAGGAGGCGCUGAUGGAGUUCGCGGAGGCCAUGCGCGCCAAGCUGCGCUUCUUCGACGAGUUCGAGACCGUGGCGGCGCAGUUCGCGGCGCUCAGCGUGGCGCAGAGCAGCGGCGUGGCGGGCGGCGCCGCGGCUGCCGGCCCGCCCGCCCCGCAGCAGCUGGACGGCGACCAGUUCCUGGCGCUGCUGCGCAAGCUGGACGACUGCAUGGCCUACGUCGCCAACAACCCGCAGUACGCGGACGCCGCGCAGUACAGCGCCAAGUUCAAGCAGCUGCAGGGCCGCGCGCUGGGCGCGGUGCGCACCAAGGUGCAGCAGGUGCUGCGGGCGGCGGUGCAGCAGGUACAGGCAGCCAUCCAGCAGGCGGCGGCGGGGGCGGCGGCGGGGGCCAACGGCUCGCUGCCGUCGCCAAGCGGCGGCGGGUCUGCGCAGGCGGCUGCAGCGGGGGCGGUGCCACAGCUGGCGGAGGGCGCGGAGGUGCCCAUGCUGUACGUGCGCUUCCGCGCGGCGGCUGAGCCCAACAUCAAGGGCCUUCUGCGCGAGGUGGAGUCCCGCUCCGGGCGGCCCGAGUACCUGCGGCUGCUGCAGGAGCUCCACACGCUGUACGGCCAGGCGCGCCUGGCGCUGAUCGGGCCGUACGUGGACGCACGCAUCGCCGCCUACGCCGCCGGCCAGCCGCUGCCGCUGUUCACACGCAACGGCUGCGAGCACCUGGGCCGGGUGUGUCAGCUGGAGGUGCAGCUGUUCGAGCACUUCUUCCCGGGGCAGCAGCAGGCGGCGGCGGCAGCCGACGGCGCCGCCGCAGCUGGCGGCGGCAAGCCCGCGGGCGCCAGGUCUGCGGGGCACGGCGCGGGGGCGGGUGCGGGGCCUGUGCUGCCGUCCUCGGCUGAGGCUCUGUCGCCGCUGCUGGAGCCGCUGGCCACCAUGCUGUACGACCACCUGCGGCCGGCGGUGGUGGUGAUGCAGGACCUGGACGAGCUGUGCGAGCUGGUGGACAUCCUCAAGCACGAGGUCAUGGGCGAGCAGCUGGCGCGGCGGGGCCCGGGCGGCGAGGCGCUCAAGCCCCUGCUGGGGCGCUGCCUGGCGGACGUGCAGGGCAGGCUUAUAUUCAGGGUGCAGGCCUACAUCCGCGACGAGAUCAGCGGCUACGUGCUCACACCCGAGGACACAGACUACCCCGCCAAACUACUGGACGCAGCCUCCGCCUCCGCCUCCUCCGCCUCCGCAGCAGCAGCGGCCGAACAGCAGCAGCACCACCACUCCCACUCCGCAGACGACGUGCCCGACGGCAACGGCGCAGCUGUUGCCUCCUCCUCCUCGGACGCCGCCGCGGCGGCGACGGCGGCGCGGCCGCCGCCGUCAGCGGACCCCUACGCCUCGCUCUUCCCGCCGCUGCGCGCCACGCUGCUGGUGCUGUCAAAGCUCUACCGAGCAGUGGACUCCAAAAUAUUCGGCGGCCUGGCCCAGGAGGCUGUGUCCGCCUGCACAGUGGCGGUACAGAACGCCAGCCGCGCAGUCGCCAAGCGCGCCGCCGGCUCCGCGCCCGCCCUGGCGGCAGCCACCAGCGCCGCCGCCGCCACGGGCGCGGGCGCCGCGGUGGCGGCGGCGGCGGGCGCGGCGGCGGCGGGCAUGACGUCGCCGCUGGACGCGCAGCUGUUCAUGAUCCGGAACCUGUUGUUCCUGCGCGAGCAGAUUGUGCCGUUCGAUGUGGAUUUCGCAGUGACUGACAUUGACCUGGACUUCUCGCACAUGCGCGACCACUUGCGUCGCAUCAUGGUGGGCCAGGAGUCGCUGUUCACUCUGGGCCCCAGCAACGCCAUGGUGCGCAUGCUGGGCGCCAGCGGCCCGCGCGUGCUCACAUACCAGCUGGACUCCAAGAAGGAGCUGGAGAAAGCGCUCAAGUCCGUGUGCGAGGCGCUCAUCAUGGCGCUGACCAAGGUGGCGGUGGAGCCCAUGCUGUCCUUCAUCACCAAGGUGACGGCGGUGCGGCUGGCGGGGCAGAGCAGCGGCGCGGCGGCGCAGGCGACCAAGCCCAUGCGCGAGCAGGCCUUCGCCUCCACCGCCAAGCUAGGGGAGAUGGUGGGGCGCGUGAACGCCGCCAUGGCGGCGGGCGGGCCGCUGGCGGCUGCGGUGUCCAAGAUGCGGCUGUACCUGCCCAACCCCGCCACACACGCCAUCCUGCUCAAGCCCGUCAAGUCCAACAUCGCGGAGGCGCACGGGCAGAUCGCGAAGCUGCUGCAGACGGACUACACGCCGGAGGAGGCCGCCGAGGUGCCGCUGCACAACCCGCAGCAACUGCAGGCGGUGCUAGAGGCGCUGUGAGCGGAGAGGAGGGGUGUAGCGUGUGUAUGUGUGUGUGGAUCGAGAGGGCGCGCGCUGUGAGGAGCGUUGUGCGACGGGGACUGGGCCUGACAGGUUGGGUCUGGACGGCUGAGCCCCAGAGCUGGUGUAGGGCAGCAGAGGCUGACGGUCCGGUUACGUAGCAGUAGCUGCAGCUGUGGUGUCGCGGAUAGCACGCCUUGUGGGCGACAGGUAUGUGGCAGUGCUGGCAGGAUUAGGGCCUAGGUUUGGGAACCGGAAGUCGCGGCGCCGAAGGCUGCAUGGGCCGCGAUGUGCUCUUGUAAAUG